AUGUCGUCCUUGAUCGGAAGCAUGAUCAGCACCGAGAAAGCCGCGGGGCCCACUGGCCCCUACAGUCAAGCUGUAUUAGUUGACAGAACCGUUUACAUUUCAGGACAGAUGGGCCUGGACCCGUCAAGUGGACAGCUUAUGUCAGGAGGAGUAGAAAAAGAAGCUAAACAAGCUCUUAAAAAUAUGGGUGAAAUUCUAGGGCCUGCUGCAGGCUGUGACUUCACUAACGUGGUAAAAACAACCGUUUUGCUGGCUGACAUAAAUGACUUCAAUACUGUCAAUGACAUCUACAAACAGUAUUUCAAGAGCAAUUUUCCUGCAAGAGCUGCUUACUAGGUUGCUGCUUUGCCCAAAGGAGGCAGAAUUGAAAUUGAAGCAAUAGCUGUCCGGGGACCUUUUACAGGACCAUUACUAUAAGUGGGCCUAGUGUUUAGUCUGGAAUUUUUAACAUCUUAAUUUUUAUAGUUGAUAUAAUAUCUUAAUUAACCUCUUAAUUUUUAUAAUUGAUGAAAGCAUAAGCUUGACUAAAAUCUGAUGUUAUCAUGGAAAUAUCAUAUAAUAGGGGUAGUUGAA